CUUGGCUGGAAAAGAAGAACUGUGAAUCUUUGAUGUUUUUCUCUUCAAAUCUUUACCAUCACUUGCCUUUCUAUCUCCGCCUUCUCUCUCUGCAGGAAACUUUAUUUCCUACUUCUGCACACCAAGUUUCUACCUCUAGAUCUGAGGUUUUCGUUGCUGAGAAGCCUGAGAUAGCAGUGCUACCAAGAAGUCAUCCCUGAAACAAGGGAAAUGGAAGACAGUGAUAUGUUACCUCAGAUCAUUCAUAGCAUACUAUCAACAUCUCAUUCUCUGUUUGCAAGAAGUAUCCAAGGACUUGAUGAAGAUGUCACCACACCUUAUGACUAUGAAAAUGGUGAGCCAUGUCAUAAAUACAACGUGAAGCAGAUGGGUGCCAGGAUCCUGCCCCCACUCUACUCUCUGGUAUUCAUCUUUGGUUUUGUGGGGAACAUGUUGGUCAUUCUCAUUCUGAUAAGCUGCAAGAAGCUGAAGAGCAUGACUGACAUCUACCUGUUCAACUUGGCCAUCUCUGACCUGUUCUUCCUGCUCACUCUCCCAUUCUGGGCUCACUAUGCUGCAAAUGAGUGGGCCUUUGGUGAUAUAAUGUGUAAAUUACUCACAGGACUCUAUCACAUUGGUUAUUUUGGUGGAAUCUUCUUCAUUAUCCUCCUGACAAUUGAUCGAUACUUGGCUAUUGUCCAUGCUGUGUUUGCUCUGAAAGCCAGGACAGUCACCUUUGGGGUGAUGACAAGUGGAGUCACUUGGGUGGUGGCUAUGCUAGCCUCUCUCCCAGGAAUCAUAUUUACUAAAUUCAAAGAAGAAGAUAAUCAUAAAACCUGUGGUCCUUAUUUUCCAUCAGUAUGGAAGAAUUUCCAUGCAAUAAUGAGGAAUAUCUUGAGUCUGGUCCUGCCCCUACUUGUCAUGGUCAUCUGCUACUCAGGAAUCCUCCACACCCUGUUUCGUUGUAGAAAUGAGAAGAAGAGGCACAGGGCUGUGAGGCUCAUCUUUGCCAUCAUGAUUGUCUACUUUAUCUUCUGGACUCCCUACAACAUUGUUCUCUUCCUGAACACCUUCCAGGAAUUCUUGGGACUGAGUACCUGUAUGAUUUCCAAUCACUUAGACCAGGCCAUGCAGGUGACAGAGACUCUUGGAAUGACACACUGCUGCAUCAACCCUGUCAUCUAUGCCUUUGUUGGGGAGAAGUUCCGAAGGUAUCUCUUCAUAUUCUUCAGAAAGCACAUUGCUAAACGUCUCUGCAAACAGUGCCCGGUUUUCUACAGAGAGACUGCAGAUCGAGUGAGCUCAACAUACACCCCUUCCACUGGGGAACAAGAAGUCUCAGUUGGAUUGUAAAGCAAGGGGCGGUUUGCUUUAUUUUUUUU